AUGGAAAAGGAGGCUGUGAGGAGCAAGAAGGAUCCCCAGGACACCCGGGCAGGUGAGAAGGAACUUCAUGAUGGGGAGAAGCGCUACAAGCGCUUGGAGUGUGGGAAGAGCUUCAAGCAGAGCAACCACCUGAUCUGCCACCAGAUGAUCCACACCAGGGAAUGGCAUUACAUGUGUGAGGAAUGUGGGAAAGGGUUCAGCUGCAGCUCCCACCUCAUCACCCACCAAUGCAUCACCACUGGGGAGAGGCCCCACGAGUGUCCCCAGUGUCAGAAGAGGUUUUGGACCAGCUCCAGUCUCCUCCAGAACCAGCAGAUUCACAGAGAGGAGAGGCCUUUCCACUGCCCUGAGUGUGGGAAGGACUUCAAGAACAACUCCCACCUCAUCAGGCACCGGCGCACCCACACUGAGGAGAGGCCCUACAAGUGCCCAACCUGUGGGAAGAGGUUUCAGAGCAGCUCCAGUCUCCUCCAGCACCAGCGGAUUCACAGAGAGAAGAGGCCCUUCCGCUGCCCUGAGUGUGGGAAGGGCUUCAAGCAAAACUCCCACCUCAUCACCCACCAACGCAUCCACACUGGGGAGGGGCCCUACAAGUGUCCUCAGUGUGGGAAGAGCUUCACCCAGAGCUCAAACAUGACAAAACACCAACGGAGGCACCACUAA